AUGAAGUUCGGCAAGGGGAAUGCCUCUGUGUUCGACACAUGGCGCCUCUUCGAUGCGGCGGAAAAGCGCAACAUCGCCAUUUACGUGGCAGGUAUCAUGCUGUACAAGUUUGGCCUUGAGGCAUUCAACGGCUCUAUUCAGGCUCUUGCAACCAACCGCUACGACUGGGAAGUUCAGCGUUUCGGUGGAAGAUCCCGCACUUUCGAGCGCCUUGGUCUCCUCACUGCUCUGAACCAGGCUUUCCAAUGCGUGGGAUCCAUCCUCAUCGCUCCUCUCAUCAAGCGCUACCCUACCAAGAAUGUGCUAUGUGUCGCAGUUCUUGUGUUCGGCGUCUUUACCGCCAUACUACUGAUCGUCGACGCCGCAACCGGCGGACACUUCAAGCCAAAAGGCGCUAGGUCGAACGACUUCUCAUACUACGGUACCUGGGAUACAGACGGCAUGAUACCCGUAUACUGUUUCUGCGGCAUUGCAUAUGGCAUGGUUGAACUGAUCCGCCGCGUUAUCCCUCGUGACAUCGUGGGCGGUAACGUGCAGAAGCUCCGUCGUAUGGAUGCGAUGGUUCACAUCUUCUACGAGAUCUCGGGUACAGGCGGCGCGUUCUGCACUGCCCUCGCACUGAUCCCAAGAUUCGGCAACAACAUGUCAUUCAUCAUUACGCCCAUCCUUUUCGCUUGUGCUGCAACCGCAUGGUUCUUCAUCCGACUCACGAAUCAACAGCUCGAGAAGAGUGACGGUGCACCGAAGGGCAUGAUGCACUACUUUAGUAUCAUCUGGCGCUCGGUAUACCUCUUCCUGCUCUCUAUCUGGCGAGGUGCGGUCAUCAUCUUCACAAACCGGAAGUUCAUCUGGUUGCUACCCGGCUACUCCUUCGCGUUGUACGGUCAUCGCUACCUGGAAAACGGUAUCGCACCGCUCAUCGCACGUCGCUACUUGGGCAACUCCGCUUGGUCGCAGAUCAUGGUCGGAGGCUCCAACUUCGGUGAGCUGCUCGGCGCCCUUACCGUCUUCCUCUUCACCAAUCUCGUGCAUACCCCGAUGCCAUGGCUUCGUCUCGAUGCCCUUAUGCUCCUCAUCGUCUGGUACCUGCCAUUCUGGUACCCACCAAGAAACCAGAUCAAACAAGCAUGGAUUGUGGCGGCCACCUUCUUGCCCGUCAGUUACGGCUGGGCAGCCGGAGAUGUGUCGCUGGCGGCCUAUAUCCAGGCUUCUCUUGCCCGCAUUGAGAAGGAUACGAAGGAUGUCAGCGCUCUGGGAGCGGUCAUGUCCUUCCUCUACUCGACGUACAUCGUCAUCUACGCUAUCGCUUCUCCGACGCUCGGACGCUAUGUCGACAGCGUCUACAAUCGCACUGGUGGAUCCCGAGGUGGCGACAUCCAUGGCGCGAUCUACAACGUUGCCGGCGUACAGUUCACCGUUCUUACUUGCGUUGUCAUUGCCUCGACAUUCAUCCCCAAGGGCGCAAUCGCGUUCAACCCACCAGCCCUUUAUGGUGAGAGACUUGACUCCGAUGUCGACGGUCUCAUCGACAAUGACCGCUCAUCGUCAGAGGACAUUGACGAGAAGGCAUUUGACCCAGUUCGAAAGGGUAACAUCACGAACGGAUUGGAGGAUGCCAUCGUGCCCCAUGAGCCUACGACUGCCAAGACAGCUGUGUAAUCCACGACGGGACGACUAAAGGAGCAAUGCGGGGCCAGAUAUUGUCAAGAUGUAAGAGAAAGGCGGUGGUGGUGUGGCAGUUGACGGC